AUGUUUUCCUUGAAAUCCAACCCGCAGAAAAAGACCUUGCUGAUCUUGUUGACGGUCGUCUCGCUUGUCAUGAUUGGGGUGCAACUUGUACGAUAUCAAUACGACGGCAUUCCACUUCCUACCAGCAUGUGGUCUUCAGACGAUGAUGCUUCUCCUCAACCUCCACAACAAAAAGACCAAGACCAAGACGACGCACUGCAUCCAUACGACUUUUCGCAUAAUCAGACACACGACCAUUCGCACGAUGAAAAGUACUUGACGUAUCUCCCUUAUUCUCGCUUCUCCAAUCAACGAAGUACGCUUCUCAACGCUGCCCUGUUGGCCAAGUAUCUCAAUCGAACGUUGGUUGUUCCUCCCAUGUUUCUCGGUAGUGCCAAUGGAUGGUCACCUGCUCCCGAGCUCUAUCAAGUAUUAGCCAACAUGACCGAUGAUGCUUUCCAAGAUCGAUGCUUUGAUCAAGAUGAGAAUGCUCGUAUUGAGGAUAUUGUUAUGGCGGAUGAUGGUGAACGAGUUGUAUUCGGUUGCUACAAUUUCACAACGUAUGCUAUGGUGCCAUGGAGUUGGGCGACUGAUCUUCAUCGACUCACUCGCAGCGAAGAGGAAGGAGGUCUCGGAAUCAACAUCUUGGAGCGUUCGGAUAUGAAGCUUACCAAGUUGCAGCAUGAUCUCGGAUUGCCCGAUGAUGAAAUGUACUUGAUGCAGGAUUCUACGAGAUACCAAUGGCACAUUUACGAUCAUUCUGUCAGCGACGAACGCAAUCUACGCUAUCGAUACGAGAUUUCUCUCAAGGAACUUGACAAUAUUCAGCAUCGUCUUUUGCACUUUUAUGGCAUCUUUGGUUAUGAUCGAUUGAUGUUGCAUGAUGAAUACAGCGAGGAAUAUCGAUUACGCAUUGAGCAAUCACUUAUUUUUCGACAUCCAGCUAUUGGUGAAGCAUCCUCCAUUAUUCUUGAGCAGCUCUUAAACGGCGUGGAUAAAGAGACCAGUGAUUUGGUGCCACUUGAUCCCAUCCAGGCUCAAGAAAAGCAGGAACAAGAGAAAGAGCUACCACGAUUUGUGGCUGCCCAUGUACGAGCGGGUGAUGGCGUUUUCCUCAAGAAGCUCAAAGAUCGUGUACCUGAAUUCGUGCACCAGAUUUGGGAUAUCAUGACCGGCAACGAAACGUCCACGGAUGAUCUUAUUGGUGCUUCCAACAGAAUCAAUGCAACUCUUCCAGCCCAUCCUCGACAACGACCUUUGUAUCCAUUACCAAAAGCACCUUAUGAACAACGCAAAGCAUUGAGCAAUCUUGGUUUAUCAGAACGGCUCCAAGAAUGUGCUAGACGCAAAUUGAUGGUCUUGUAUGUCGCUACCGAUGCACCCGAUCCACGCUCCAACAAAGAACUCAAGCCUAUUAUCGACGCAUUUCCAUGCACCUUUUUCAUGAGCGAUUUUCCUCCUAAUUGGCGUGAUCCCGUGGUGCGUGUACGGUCCCCAUUGGAUCCACAUAAAGAUCUCACUCAACAUUUGAUCAUGUUUGUCGAUGCUACCAUAUGCGCUUGGGCUGAACGCUUUAUUGGCACACGCACUUCUACCUUUUCGAAUUACAUUAAACAAUAUCGACAUGCCAUUGUCGACGAAAUCAUUGAACAUCAAGGCUUUGCAUAA